AAUGGCGGAGAGACCGGCAGCUGGAGGGAGGGGUGCGGUAGCGGGCGGACCAGAGCCCGGGGGCGGCAGGUAACCGUCCACACAGGAUGCAGCUGCUGUGGUCCCCAGCUGCGCCGCCGCCGCCUCUCUCCCAGGGUGGGCUGGUACUGGCCGCUCGCGCCUCCCGCUGCAUCCGAGGCGUGUCCGGUUAGGUAGGAGCCCGUGACCCAGGCCACGGAGAGCUAUGCUCUCCAGCCUGUAAGCGUCCUCCUUUCCCUCCAGAUCCCCAACUGUGCCACGCCAUGCCCCUCAGCCUCUUCCGGCGCCUUCUCCUCGCUGCCCUGCUGGUGGUGAUCGUCUGGACCCUCUUCGGGCCCUCGGGGAUUGGGGAGGAGCUGCUGAGCCUCUCGCUAGCCUCCCUGCUGCCAGCCCCGGCCUCACCAGGGCCGCCCCUGGCGUUGCCUCGCCUCUUGAUCCCCAACCAAGAGGCCUGCGGUGGUCCCGGCGCUCCUCCCUUCCUGCUAAUUCUGGUGUGCACGGCCCCGGAGAACCUGAACCAGAGAAACGCCAUUCGGGCCUCGUGGGGUGGGCUGCGUGAGGCCCGGGGGCUCAGGGUGCAGACGCUCUUCCUGUUGGGAGAGCCCAACAGGCAGCACCCUACCUGGGGCUCCCACGGGAACGACCUGGCGAGGGAGUCAGCUGCCCAGGGAGACAUCUUGCAGGCGGCCUUCCAGGACUCCUACCGAAACCUCACCCUCAAGACCCUCAGUGGGCUGAACUGGGCUGACAAACAUUGCCCCAUGGCCCGCUACAUCCUCAAGACGGAUGAUGAUGUGUUUGUCAACGUCCCGGAACUGGUGUCAGAGUUGGUCCUGCGAGGAGGCCGUUGGGAGCAAUGGGAGAGGGGCACGGAGCCCCAGACAGAGGCUGCGGUCAGAGAUGAACAGCUGGAAGGAGGCCAGGCCUCACACAGCAAGGCAGUGCCUCUUCUGUACCUGGGCCGGGUGCACUGGCGGGCAAACCCCUCUCGGACGCUAGGGGGCCGGCACCACGUGUCAGAGGAGCUGUGGCCUCCAACCUGGGGCCCUUUUCCCCCCUAUGCCUCUGGCACAGGGUACGUGCUGUCAGCUUCUGCUGUGCAGCUCAUUUUGAAGGUGGCCAGCGGGGCACCCCCGCUGCCACUGGAAGAUGUCUUUGUGGGGGUAAGUGCCCGAAGAGGAGGCCUCGCCCCAACCCAUUGUGUCAAGCUGGCUGGCGCCACCCAUUAUCCCCUGGACCGGUGCUGCUAUGGGAAGUUCCUGCUGACAUCCCACAAGUUGGACCCCUGGAAGAUGCAAGAAGCCUGGAAGCUGGUGGGCGGCUCUGCUGGAGAAAGGACUGCACCCUUCUGCUCCUGGCUCCAGGGAGCCCUGGGCAUCCUGCGGUGCCGGGUAAUGGCCUGGCUUCACAGCUGACAGUACCUGUGGCCAAGGAGAGGUAUGAGAAGCUCACAGUCCAGCAGCACCCCUGAGACCUUCUCUUCUCACAGGCCCAAGGCAGGGGCCCUAACUGGCUGCAGCUGAUCGGUUUCCUCAUGUUGUCUGUCACCAAAGACAGGGACGUAGGAGAACUCUAGGGGCCUGGCCUGCCAGGCCCAAAGACGGUCAUAGGAAGGGAAAAAAAAAAGCUGGAGUUGUUCUCUCCAGCCAGGGCAGAAGAGGGGCAAACACCCCUCAAUAAACUUGUCUCUCCACCUCUUC